AUGGCAGGCUUCGGGAAGAGCACGAAGGAUUACAAAGAUAGCACGCUUAUCACUGCCACUGCGUUGGACGCAGGUGUCCCUUCGCCAGCAGCCGGCGCUUCGAAUGAUGUACGUCUGAUUCUGGAGGACGACAAGUCAGACGACGGCCUGAAGACGACGGAUCCUGAGCGGCAUGAGUCGGACGACGAGAGAAAGCUCGUCAAUGGUGGUGUCGUUAUCAGGGAUGGCAACGAUGUAGCAAGAUACGUCGUUAGUACCCAAGACGAUGGAGAUGCAUCUUGUACCUUUCGAUCGUUCAUCAUUGGCUCUGGCCUUACAGCCCUUGCGGCCUGCAUCAAUCAAAUUUACUUUUAUAAGCCUGUCGAUGUUUCAUUUGCCUCGGUGUUUCUGUGCUUGAUGGCAUAUGUGAUCGGAGUUGCUUGGUCAGUUGUGCUUCCUCGACGGCAGCAUGUGGAAAAGUAUCUUCCAUCGCAAGCGAAAUGGCUUGAACCAGUUGUUCACUUUAUCAACCCAGGCCAUUUUGGGUUGAAGGAACAUGCCGUCGCAUCGAUCCUUUCCACAUCGAGCGGAAAUGGCGCUGCAAUCGUGCAGGUGUUUGGUGCAGAACGGCUGUUCUACAACCGCAGCACCGACCCUGCUACUGCAAUUCUGACAGUUUUCUCGGCAUCAAUCUUCGGAUAUGGUCUCGUUGGCAUCCUGAGAUCCAUCAUCGUUCAUCCGAGUGAGAUGGUCUGGUGGCAAUGCCUCCCCAUGAUCUCCAUCUAUCAGACUCUCCACCGCGAGCCCGAAGGCAACAACAAAGACAGGCUCCGAGUGUUUGGCUUCACCUCCAUUGGCAUGUUUAUAUGGGAGCCCAUAGUAUCCUACGUCUGGCCCUGGCUGAACGGCAUCUCCAUCCCAUGUCUCGCUUCUAUGAAGGCCGCACCACCAACUCGGAAGGUCCUAAUGACCAUCUUUGGCGGCAUCAACUCCAACGAGGGCCAGGGAAUCUUCAACUUCUCCCUGGACUGGCAGUACAUCACGUCGCGAUACAUGUCCCUGCCGCUCCUACAACAAGCCAACUCUUGGGUGGGCAUCGUGCUCUCUUACAUCAUGUGCUUCAGUCUCUACUACGGUGGAGCAUGGGGUGCCAAGAAGUUCCCUUUCAUGUCCACGGCCAUGUUUGACGGGAAGACUGGCAAGGUCUACAACCAGACGGCUGUGUUUGGGCAAAACGCGAUCCUCGAUACUGAGGCGUUGGAGGUACAUGGGCUCCCUCGGUUGACGGCGUCCAACGUCUGGGCGAACAUGGCCGCGAUGGCUGCCAUAGGAGCGCUACUGACCCAUAUCGCUCUGUUUUACGGGCCACUCAUUAAGCGGUCUUUGAAACAAGCCUGGAAGAAGGAAGAGACAGAUAUUCACUACAAGAUUAUGCAAGAAAAUUACAAAGACGUACCGAUCUGGUGGUACAUUGUCAUCCUUCUCGUCGGCUUCUUCACUGGCCUUGGUGCCGUCAUCAAGGGCCACACCACGCUUGAUGCCUGGGCGUAUGUUUGCGCCAUUCUUCUCGGAUGCAUUGUCGCGCCAUUUUCGCUAUGCUUAUACGGCCUACUGGGCACUAGCGUCGCCACGAACAACCUUUCCAAGAUGCUGUGCGGCGUACUUCAACCCGGAAAACCUGUCGCCAAUUUAUACUUCUCGAUGUUCAGUCACGAGGUUACUGUCCUCUCUGUAUUCUUGUCAACUGACCUCAAGAUGGCCCAAUAUCUCAAGAUCCCGUGGAGAACCAUGUUCAUCCUGCAAACUUGGGGAAGUCUAUUUGGGACAGCUCUGAACUACGUUAUAAUGGACACAAUUGUAGCAAAUCGCCGAGAAAUCCUCCUUGACCCUAUCGGCACCCAAGUUUGGAGCGGACGCAAGAUUCAGUCUCUUAACACGACUGCAGUCACCUGGUCUCUCGCCAAGUAUGUCUAUGGAUUCGGCAAAGAUGGUUAUGGCUGGAUUCCUCUCUCCAUCGUCGUCGGGGCUGCUAUCCCCGUUGCCUUGUGGCUUGUAUCCAAGAAGUACAGGACUAUCUAUGGCUGGGAAGUAAGCAAGUUCGUCACCCCUGUCAUAUUCCACAAUGCCUCAGAGACGACAUCUGGAACUACUUCUGUCAUCUGGUCUCAGGUCGUGGUUGGCUUGUGGUCUCAAUGGUACAUGCGUUUGCGUCAUCCUGCCUGGUUCGGCAAAUACAACUACAUCGUCGGCGGUGGUCUCGAUGCAGGCGCCAAGGUCAUGAUGUUCAUCUUGACCUUUGCCGUUGCGGGUGGAUCAGGGAAAGAGGUGCCAUUUCCCACGUGGUGGGGAAACCCGGAAUCCAGUUCCAAGCAGUACGCUGAUUACUGCGGUACUGGCUAG